AUGGCUGAAUGUAAUGUGCUUUUGAAAAAUGUGAAACAUCCAUUUUUGGUUGGAUUACAUUAUUCUUUCCAAACAACUGAAAAGCUUUAUUUUGUUCUGGAUUUUGUUAAUGGAGGGGAGCUAUUUUUUCACUUACAACGAGAAAGGUCCUUUCCUGAACACAGAGCUAGGUUUUAUGCUGCUGAAAUUGCCAGUGCAUUGGGUUACUUACACUCCAUAAAAAUCGUGUACAGAGACUUGAAACCAGAAAAUAUUCUUCUGGAUUCAGUAGGACAUGUUGUCUUAACAGAUUUUGGGCUUUAUAAAGAAGGAAUUGCUAUUUCUGAUACCACCACAACAUUUUGUGGGACACCGGAGUACCUUGCCCCUGAAGUAAUCAGAAAACAGCCUUACGAUAAUACUGUAGAUUGGUGGUGCCUUGGUGCUGUUCUGUAUGAAAUGCUGUAUGGAUUGUUUAUUUUACUUUUUUUUUUUCAACCUCCUUUCUAUUGCCGAGAUGUUGCUGAAAUGUAUGACAACAUCCUUCACAAACCCCUAAAUUUGAGGCCAGGGGUGAGCCUCACAGCCUGGUCCAUUCUGGAGGAACUCCUAGAAAAAGACAGGCAAAAUCGACUCGGUGCCAAAGAAGAUUUUCUUGAAAUUCAGAGUCAUCCUUUUUUUGAAUCACUCAGCUGGACUGACCUUGUACAAAAGAAGAUUCCACCACCGUUUAAUCCUAAUGUGGCUGGACCAGAUGAUAUCAGGAACUGUGACACAGCAUUUACAGAAGAAACCGUUCCGUAUUCUGUGUGUGUGUCUUCUGACUAUUCUGUAGUGAAUGCCAGUGUUUUAGAGGCUCAUGACGCAUUCCUUGGUUUCUCUUACGCACCUCCUUCAGAAGACUUAUUUUUGUGAAUGGUUUGCCAUUCAGAAACUAUAGA